AUGGAUCUUCUGGAACUCAUCCAAUUGUUCUGGGCCUACGUUGGGGUUGAAGUUUGGAUCAGCAAGUUUACUGUAACACGGCAACACCAACAAGGCAACUGUAUUGAAUUUAAUUGGAUUCGAGAUAUAACUCAGCUACCAACUAUUCUACCUUACAGUAAGCAUCAGCCAAUUACUAGAUGGAAAUUGGAAAAAUAUAAACAAAACUUGAUUACCUCCUUAGAACAUUAA